UCAAGUCCCUCAUCGAUCACCUGGCGUCCCACUGGCAUAUGAGCGAGGAUUUACCUAUGUUCGGUUUCCUUCCCUUCCUCGGUGGUUUCAAGCAUCCGCAUUAGUGACACCAGAAUGGAAGAAGGGACGCGUCAAUUUACCGACUACUCUUUUUUUAAUAUGGUGUCUUUGAGGUGGAAGAGCAAAAGGUUGAAGGCCGUUCACCUGACUGUUCCUGAGACAGGGGAAGACCUCAGCUGGAGUUUAACUUCGGAGCAUAUUGAUGAGCUCCAAAAGUUCAAAAAUGAUGGAUUGAAUAUACACCUUGCGGUGGAGCGCUAUAUUCCUGGUCCUAAUCCUUGUGACAACAUCGCACUUGAGAGAUUUGUUUAGAUACCCUUGGUUUAUGCAUCUCACUAUGUAGCUGAAUAGAGCCGAUAACCAAACAGUUUCUGCC